AUGCCGCGGUCGCUAGACGACAUCAACCUGGAUGACCCGAUCCUGGAUCAUCUCUUCGAGUUUGAUUUGACUACUGUUGGUUCCAUUUAUCCUGAACCGUUCCGUGCUCAUCGGUCACACGCUGUGGCAGAUACAUCCAUGGCUCCUGCAUCCCAACCUAGAUACAAUCCGUAUGAGGAAUCGCUGAGGCCGCUUGGUGGAAAUUUUGCGCCUACACCUCCGCCGACCCAUCGCCGCCCGAAUCAGAACAUACAGUAUCAUACUGUCAGCGGCAAUGACCCUCGGGCCCUAGUUAUACCUUUUCACGGCUCUGCGGAUCAUUUCAGUCGUACUGCCCCUCUCGCGGCUUCUCCGUUGCCAUACCCCCAACAAAACCAGAACACCGCGCAGUAUUUUACUGUCAACAACAACGAUGCCCAGACCCCAGUUACAGCGUUUGAUAUCCCCGGUGAUAGCCUCACUUGUAUCGCCUCUCCCGUGCCUUCUCCGCUUGGACAGGUACAACCUCAGCAGCCGCCUUCCCUCUCAGAGGUCAUUGCCCUGGGAGCCAUAGGCAAUGAUGUUACCAAUGGCAAAGCGCCCCGUAGUCCUGACAACGGACUUGAACAAGCUAACCCAGACAAUAUUAUUCGAUGUGACUGGCCGGGCUGCUCGUACCGUGGCACUUUCACAAAGAAGGGAUCUCUGAAGCGCCAUCGCAAUGAACAGCAUACUUCCCCGCGCUCAUUCCCUUGCCAAUCAUGUGAAAAUGCCUAUUCCAGAAAGUCUCAUUUGACCGACCACCAGCUGAAGGCCCACGGAAUACGGACUUGA